GCGAGCGCCGAGGGCCCCGCGGGGCCAGCCGAGGCCUUCGGCGCGCCGCCGUCACCGCGGCUGCGCCGGCAGGGGUCCCAGGAGCUGGCCGGCCUGCCGGAGGGGCCCCCGGAGCUGUGCGACCCGCUGGAGGCCCUCCUGGCGGAGACCAGCGGCGCCUCCGAGAGGCCCCGCGCGGGCUCCCCCGGGCCGCCCGCGGGCGCCCCGCCGCCGGCCGCCGAAGCCGCGGCGUCUGAGGCGGGAGAGCCGCCGUCCGCCGCCGGCGGGGAGCUGGGCGCUGCCAGCGGGGAGCCCACCAUGCGGCUCGGCGACCCGGGCGCGGCCGCUCUCGGCGCGCCAGCGGCGGCACCGCCGCCGGUGCAGGCCAGAGAUGGCUUCUUCGACGACAUGGGGCUGGGCGCGAUGUCCGACUCGGACGGGGACUAGCGCCACGGGCGCCCCUGUGGUCGGAAUUGUCCCUGCAGCGGGGGAUCUCGAGAGAUGCUCCGCGCGCGCCAAG